GAAUCGCUAUUAAGUAAUUACUGUAAUCCGCCUUACGGUUACUUACUCUGUAGAGGCGCACAACCGCGUAGGAGAACAAGAAAAUAAGUUUCCACAUCGGCACGAGGGGGCUUGAAGUGCCUUUUUUUUUCUAGUGUGUGUCUGUGGCAACUGCUCGGUUCACCUUCCUCUCGCUUUUACCUCCGCAGUUUCCUUGUGACCGUUGGCAGCACCGCGCACUUUCUGAAAGCAAAGAAACGGCUCUGUUUUCCCGCCCUUUACGGUCAUAAUAGCGUGUUCCUGUACACGCAGCGUAUGCAGUGCCUUGAAGUUGUGCGUGUGCUGCGUCUUCGUCCUCUCUCUUCUCUUUUUUCUUUUACGUUUCGAAUUAUUCGCGCGAAGAGGAGGAGCGCGCCUAAUUAGCUUCGUAUCGACAUACAAUCACGCCGCGCACGUGGGUGUACCCGCUGCACGUGCCAAAAAGAGGAAGAGAAGAGAGAAACGUACAUUAUUUUUCGGCCUGAGAGUUCUCAGCCGCGUGCAGCUCCUCUGCCAUUUUCGCUGAUUUCCGUUUCGUCUUGUCUUGUCUUUUUUUUUCCACUUCUCAAAUAUAAAAGGCUGUGUUUGCACGACCUCACACGAGCACAAGCACAAGCACACACGACGCUGUGUGUGUUGGAUGUGUUUCCUAAUCCUGUAUCCACGCGACUGAAAAACUGCGGUGCUUUUAUGGAUUUCUUUCUUCUUGGUUUCUUCUGAAAAGUAAAAUAAAACCCCACACAGCUUGAGCUGAGGACCUUUUUUAAUUUCUGUACUUUUCGCGCUCCUUCAAAAACAGCCUCUUUUUUUUCCCGUUGUGUUCGCUGGGGUGUACUGAAGAAAAAAACAAAAAACCGCAGAAGAUAUUUUACUCAAUCGUUUCUUUUGUUUAGUUGUGUUCUUGUUUCCCCUCCCCCUCCUCCCUUUACUAGUCACACCGCACUUUUCAGUUCUUCGGUACCCCUUCUCUGUCUCCGUAAGCUAACGUCAUAUCUUUCUGUAUGUGUUUUCUGUAUUCUUUUUCUAGUUUCAGCUCUUUAACUUCCUUUUUCUUUUGUUUUCUUUGAAACGUGAGCUCUGUCCAGUGUUGUGCCCUUCACCCGCUCCUUACUUGUUGUCCUCGGCGGCCACCGCUGGCGCAUUAUUCCCCCUUCUGUCCUUCUUUUGUAUUUGGCUUUUUUUUUUACGUGUGCGUGCUGUAACGACUUCUUUUUCUCUCUUGUGUUUUUCUUAUCUGUUCAACUUUUGUACAGUUGGGUGCAAUAACGGACGUUCGCGUUCUUCUUUCUGUUUCACCCCCAUUUCCUUUUGGUAGAUUCUCCCGCAAAUUCCACGGGUUUGCUAAAGUGUUGUGACGGCAACGGCGCCGGAACGAGGCGACACCGCGCAACUCCACUUCCACUAAUAUCGUUUUCCGCCGCUGUACAGCUUCGGUAACCGAAGCUUUUUUUUUGGGUUUUGGUUUGUUGUUUCGUGCCCUUUCUGUUGUUCUUUUUCUCUUCUCUUUCCUUCUCUUCUUCAUUAACGACACCCACGCAGAGUGGAGCCCUCUCCGCUCCUGUGCUCGCCAUUUUACUGCGACGACUCAUUUCCCCUCAUUUUUGUGGACGUCGAGAUCAAAAAGAAAUCCUUUAGAUAUAUUUUUUUCUGUCUUGAGUGGAACGAAGUUGAAUAGCUCUCUUUCUUGUUCCCCCCCCCUGUAUUACAAUCGUGCGGUGACCGUUGUCAACGGUAGUGCUAGCCACAUAAACAGGAAAAAGCGAAGCUGUUUUGGACAAGAAACGUAUACACAUAGAACACGACGAAGAACUCAAUAAUAUAUAAAGAAAGAAAGAAAGCGCAGCCGAGCUGCAUCCAAAUCGACACGGAAGUUUCUCCCUUGCCGAUAUACGUUUAUCUCCUUCAACAUCGCCUCGUUGCGUCUCAUCUGUCUCGCAUAUACGGGCACCCGACUGGAAUUUUUUUUGUUUUGCUUGAAUCGUUGCAGAUAGUCCCUGUUCUUUGGCUUCUCGCAUCGCCUACCAGAUAGUCCUAAAAGAAAGAAAAAAUAGCACUAACAAGUACGUCUGUCGUAUCAGGCGUUGGAGCAGGACAGAGACCCUCUGAGCUAACACGGCGCAGUUGAAGACGCUUUGAAAUAAAGGAGUGUCUUCCUUCUUGUUUUGCUUUUUCUUUAAAACUUGUUCUUUCCCGCGUGUUUUGGAAGUUUAUCCGGUGUUGUUGUGAACCCCCCGCCCCCCAAACCGAAGAAGCACUUUUUUCUUUGACGGCUUCCCGCUGCUACUUUCUACCUGUACUUUGGUUUCUGUUUCCGGUAAUAAUUCACUGACGCUGACCGCAACGUGCGCUUGUGUGCUUCUCCUUUUUCUUUCUUUCUCUUCUGCUGCUGUUUUCGGCACUAGGGUUGUGUUGUUCCUUCGUGGGGCAUCUCGUGUCCAAUAGGUUUCUCUGCCUGUCCUUAUAAUCCUCCCUGUCAUCAGAUUUCUACUUUAUUGUGUCAGCCGUUUUGCUCUGUUUUUAUUUCGUGGGUGCGUUGCGGCAAGAAAGAAAUCAGUCGGCGUCUGCGUGCGCACUUCGCCCCGCCUUUUUCUUCUUAAAAUCGUCUUUUCGGAGGCCGCGUUGUUCCUUUACUUUUUCUUUUCCUUUUGCGUUCUGUGAGCGACACUUGACGUGAAAGUGUGGACGCCGCCACCGUCGCCGAAGAUCUGAGCUGAUACUUCGGGUGGCAUGCUCCCCUCUUUUCAGCACUUCGCGCAGGACGGCGCACGCAGUCUGAGCUCCAACGUUAAUUUCGCCUGCCUGCGUCCUCCACACUGCUACGAAGACUCGCUUUCCUCCGGAACAGCAGGGCGCACGAUUGUCGUGGAAGAUCGGCCGUCGCCGGCUGCACUUCUCUGCAUUUCGGUGCCGCUGCCGAUGAAGGCUGCGAAAGAAGACAUGCAGUUCUUGACGGCGGAGCGAGAGGUCGCGGGGCUCGUUCGCAGCCCUGCCAGUCGGUGCGCUCCUCGAAGAAAGCUCGAUCAGGUCAGCAGCUCCGCGGAGUUUCCGAUCAGUGAUGCCACACGGUACUUAGACCUGUGCAGUGACACAUCGGCGGCAGAGAAGGACGAGGGUGACACGGACAGCCGCAAUGAAUUUGACUGCACCUCCAUCAGCAACGCCUGCGACACGAGUGUGAACACGUCCGUUGCUGCGUCGCGGCAGGCCGGCUGGGGCGUUGUGUGGAUGCACGUGUUUCCGCAGCACAUCGCCGGUUUUCUCACUGUGCGAGACGUGGUAGAGGUGUCGGCGGUGUGCCGCACGGCGCAGGAGGCGGUGCGGCAGCCGUGGGUGUGGCGCUCGCUGGCAGCCUACCACUACGCCGUGCACCCCGUCAGCGUCGAGCGCGUCUUCUACGCCGCUGCGCAGGAGUGGUCGACGGACGUGGCGGCAGCCGGAGGGUACGACAGCGACGUCUAUCAACGGCCAACACGGCUCAUUGCGUGUGAGCAGCUCGUGGCCUCCACUUCCCCCGUUCUACGCCAACCCCAGCUGACACCGCGACCACAACAAAACAUUGAGGAGGACGCGCAGGCGUCGACAAUGUCGACUGCGACUGCACCGUGGCUGAUGGGCGACAAUGCUGGGACCUCGGCUGCAGAAGACGCCGUGGAGGUCGGCGAGGAGGAGGCAGACAACUCUAGUAACGACGGCGAAGGCCCGGAUUGGGAGUUCCCCUCUACGCAACCACCACGGACCACCCGCGAGGAGGACAACGAUUUCAUAGAGACAAUGGAGGAAGAAACAGCGGAGAGAUCAGCGGUGAUGGCCAUCGCGCCUUCCAGCACCACAACGGAUGCCGCCACCACGGAUGCUUCCAUUGCUGCUGCUGCUGCUGCUGCUCAGUUGGCUCCCCGCACAUCGCUGGCCUCCGGCUCCCGCUAUCUCUGGCAGACCACCGCCGCCGCAAUGCCGUCCCCCUCAAGCCCCAUCUCCUCCCCACUUCCCGAGGGUGCGGGUGAGGAGGACAACGCUCUCUAUCCUUCUGCGACGGUCGGUGUUGUUGUGCACAGAACGUUGAUGCCUUCACCGCAGCUGAUGGCUGGUUCUGGUAGCCCCGUAACCGGCGCGAAUUCUCUUAGCGGGCUGACUUCUCCUCGUUCUCCUGCCGCCGCCGUUGCUGCUGCUGCUGCUGUUAACGGUACAUUGUGUGCAACCCCAAUCGCAUUGACGCAUUCGCAAAGGUCAACGCCACUCACGCCCCCGCUUCCCGUAUACACUACUAUUGCGACGUGUGCGGACGGACCCACCUCAGCCGUUGAGCAAAGGGGCGGCGCGGGAGAUAAGUGCCUGGCAUCCAGUCGGACAGCAGUACGCGAGGAACUGCCGCCGCCCUCGCCGGCGCAGCUGGACAGCUCGUCUACGGAAGGCAUCCUCUUUCAUCCGGAGGAGAAGGGAGGCGAGGACGCGAUGACGCAGUCGACGCCUUUUUCGUCCCCUACGCUGCUCUGUCAGCCCUCCUACACGCUUGGGGUGACCAACAACGUGCCUGUGGCCAACGCGGACGGCGGCGUGGCUUCCCCUGCUUCGUCUGCUGCUGCUGCUGCUGCGCCUUCUUCUCCUGCUGCCUCUUCCCCUGCCGUCGUGCCGAUGUGCUGCUACACGCUCUGCCGCGCCACCGCCGAGCGCACGCUGCUCCACCGCAAGCCAAACUUUCCGUGGUACUGCUUUAGCCGCUACCUCUAUGCCAACCGCGUCCAGGCAAGCAUGUCGCGCUGGGUGGAGCUGUCGAGGCGUGCACGUGCGGAGUUGUGUCGCGGUGCGUGGGACGCCGCCUACGGCAGUCUCAGCCACAUCAUCCACGACCUCCUUCAGCAGGGCAGCUGCCGCGGGGUGGAGCACCUCCUCCUCCUGGCCCAGACAUUGGUACGUCGCGCCUCUCUCUGCUGCCAUCGCGGACACGUGCACCUCCUCGCCGCCUUCACCGACUUCUGCACGGCGGCGCUGCUGUGCCCGGACAGCGUGGCGCCGUCUGACAUGACGGAGCUGUGCGCACGGGAGGGGCUCUCAACCUUGUCGCCCGAGGCGUGGAUGCGGUCCUACGAGGACGCCGCCCAGAUCGCCUCGCCCGUUGUGCUGCUGGGGACAUUGGCGCAGGUGCCGUUUUUGUUUCCUCAGCACCGCAUCCUGUGUCUCUGCGGCUGUCUCGCGGCGUACAUGCGGGCCUACCGCGUCUCCGGGCAGUCCCUCCACCAUUUGUUGUGCCGUGCAGCGGAGUGGGCCACGCCGGGCACGGUGGAGGAGUUGCUCGUGCGAGCGCUGCGAGAGGUGGCGCAGGCGCAGCAGUACCCGCAGCACGCCUCUGCCUUGUACGUCCGCAAGGCGUGUGCGACGGCGGACUACGCCCUCUCCCUCAUGCCGCUGCAGGUGCGGACGGCGGUGGACGCGCUGACAAGUGCGUGGGUACGGGACUGCUUCAGCACCGAGGCUGCCGUGUACGGCGCGGCCAUGACGCAGUGGGCAGCACGGGCCCCCGAGGCCGCCGAGUUUGCGGGCACGACGGCGCUGGACGUGCGCUGGCUUGCGUGGCUCACCUACGAAGUGCAGACCUUUGUGUACAAGGAACUGACGGACAAACCGCCCGUGAGAGCAGCACUCGCUAGCGUUUUGUUGGCCUUGACCGCACACGAUCGCGCAGACGGCCUCGUGCGCAUCGCAGCCCAGUACGCGAACUACGAAACACGCACCGAGGACCUCGUCCCCCCGCUACCACGCCACGCUGACCGACGUCGCGUCACGCAGCACCUGUUGCAUAAUGCGUUGCAUCUAAGUCCUCUGCACUCCUCGGCGGCGCUGCUUCUGUCACGCGUGUACGCCGUCGCGGAGGACGAGGAGGGCGAGGCGGAGGGCGGCGCGUCGAUGGCCAGCGCGGUCUUGACCGACUGCAUCCAUCGCUGGGCCAGGCGCUUCAGUCUGCUGGAGCUGGGCAGCCCCUCUACCCGUCUCACCGCCACUGCUGUCACCGCGGCGGGCUCCACUGUACCCUAUUUGCACCGUCGCGAGCGCAGCCCUGAGGUGUGCUUUAUCCCGUCGGAGUUGCUGGUGGAGCGUAAUGGCUGUCUGCACAUGGUGGCUGACCUUGCUGAGGCAACGGAGCAGCACCAAGGCCUCUCUUACCCGUAUCAGAUGCGUGCGGCGAUGGCCAUGGAUCGCGGCUACCACCUCGCGGCCAUACUCGAGAUGGGCCGCAUCAUAAAGCUAUCACUCGACGUCAACGAUGUCGCGCUGCGCGUGCGGUUUUUGCAGGACGCGACGGAGCUGCCGUCAACGCGAGCUUCACUAGUGGCAGAUGAGGCGUCAGCUGCCGCCCUCACACCGACCCAGUCCUUCCCAGCUUCUUCACUCAGUGCGUCCUUCGAGAGCUCUGUGCGGGUGCAGGACGCUUCUUCGCCUGCGCUGUCCCUCGCGUCCCCUCCGUCGCCCUCGCUGGGGAGCGCACCGCCGCUGCGAUCGACGCACCGUGCGUGUCUGGCGAGGAUGUCCGGCCUUCUGACGCUACUGCAUCCGCCCGAGGCUUUUCUUCGAGAAGAGUGUGAAGGCGACAGCACCGGCCUCGUGGGCGCGUUCGGAGGAAGCCAGUCGUGCAGUCGCCUGCUGUUUUCGCGCGAGCUGCCGUCGAUGGCGACGCGCGAGUUGGGCAACGAUCAUGUAUCUCGUGUGGCGAGUAUGGCUUUCAGUGAGGCAGAGGGCGACGUUGUGCUGCCGAAUGGUGUUAGCGCUGUGAAUGCCGCACAUGUUCGUGCGUUCUUGGAGGAUCUUCUGAGCUGUACGAAUGAUGCUCCUGGAAGUGUAAGUUAG